UUACUAGAGGCUUGGCGCUGUUUCCCAAACACUGACAGACAUGGCGGCUUCCAUUGGGAGCUUACUGGAGGAAAUCUCCGGUGUUGAUGAUCCAGUAGAGGAGCUGCAGAGUUUGAAAACGGCGUUGCUCUCGAUACCUGUGAGCGCGCUGAGAGACACAGUGAGCGGGCAGCGUUUCGAUGUGAUUUUCUCUCUGUUAAACUCUAAUCGAAGGGAGCAGGUUGAGUUAUGCGUGGACAUCCUUGAACGCAUCCUAAUGGCGCUCAGUCCUGUGUAUGUGGCCCAGAACUACCGAGUGGAACUACAGGGGGGUCUGGCCCAUCCUAAUGAAACUGUCAAGAUAUUGGCCUUGACACAGAUCGGAAGAAUGGUGGAGGACCUCUACGCUUUCACCGAAAUCCUCAACAACCAUGAUCUUCUUCGAGCAGUGAUCCACUGCAUCGGCGAAGAGAAAAUGGCCGUAGCUAAACAGGCCAUUCAGUCCCUGUCUAAACUGAGCCACUCCAAACCCGGGUUAGACAAACUGUUCCAAAGCGACCUGCUCAAAGUCAUGAAAGAUGUGAUGGCCACGAGUGAUAUUGUAAGAUACAGAAUAUAUGAGUUGGUGGUGGAAAUCUCAUCUGUAUCUCCCAUUUCCCUCGGCUACUGCGCCAACAGUGGCCUCGUUUCUCAGCUGCUGGGAGAACUGACAGGAGAUGAUGUAUUGAUCAGGGCCACAGCCAUUGAGAUGGUGACCACUCUAGCCCACAGUCAGCAUGGCCGACAAUAUUUGGCCCAGCAGGGUAUAAUGGACAAGAUUUCCAAUAUGAUCAGAGGCGCAGACACGGAUCCCUUUUCCUCCCUGUACCUACCUGGUCUGGUGAAGUUUUUUGGAAACCUGGCCAUUAUGGACAGCCCACAACAGGUUUGUGAAACCUACCCAGCUUUCCAGAACAAGGUGUUCGAGAUGGCUCUGGACCCAGACCCUGUCAUGAUCGGCGUGGCGAUGGACACUUUGGGAAUAUUGGGUUCUAAUGUAGAGGGAAAGCAGGUCCUACAGAAAACAGGUGAAAAGUUCAAGAGUGUCUUCUUAAGAAUGAGCCAGCUUGCCAGCUCUGGAGCUACAGAGCUCAGGGUGCGCAGCUUGGACGCCAUAUCACAGCUACUCACACUACAGCCAGAGCAGCAGACAGAUGAUCUGUUGGCCCUGACAGAGUCCUGGUUCCACCUUUUGUCUAACCAGCCCAUGGACAUGAUUCGUAGCAUCAGCACUCAGCCCUUUCCAGAACUGCACUGUGGAGCCCUGCGGAUAUUCACUGCCAUUGCUGCUCAGCCAUGGGGCCAGAGGAUGAUGAUUAGCUCACCUGGAUUUAUGGAAUUCAUUUUGGACCGGUCAAUGGGGCAGACAAAGGAGGCCAAAGAUGCCAAGUUUGAACUGGUCGGGUCACUUGUGUGCUCUUCAACAGCAGCAGAGAUACUGGGCAGCCAGCACUACAUACGUCUGAAGACGUAUCUCAGAGAAGGGCCUUAUUAUGUUUCAGCUGUGGCCUCAGUCAGCACUGAAGGAGCAGACUGAUGCACUGUAUUGGUUCUUGUUAUUGCUUAAGUAACGGGUAAGUGCCUCAAUAAUCCCACUGGUUACAUCUUAUAUUCUUGCAAAAUUCAGUACAAGCUUUGUAAAGUACAUUGAAAAAUCCUCACACAAACACAUAAAACUCAAUGUCAUAACUGCAUGAGAAGGAGUUUGUAACUGGACAAUGACAACACAUGUCUUUACCCUGUACUUAAGCACUAACACAAAACUUCACAUCAAAUGUCACCCUCAAAACUGAUCCUCCAGACACACAUUUGCUGUAUUUUUCAAAUUAAACUGGACGUGGCCAAAAAUCUCAAUAAUUAGCCCUCUGUUCUCCUUACACUCCAGACAUUAUUAGACCUUUUUAUGUGAAAAAAUUUGUUUACUUAAUGAAAUUACUUUUUUUAAUUAAAGAAGGUUCAGUCUCA